CCCCGCCGCUCGGCCCGGCCGGCGUCCGCACGCCCCCGGGGCUCCCCGUGUGGGUCUCGGAAAUUGCUGAUAAAUCCCAGGUGUUCACGUGGUCGUGGGUCCCAGGUAUUCCCCUUAAGCCGGUCCGCACGCCCAGGUGUGGAGGUGGUUGUGGGUCCCAGGUGUUCCAAAUAAACCCUUCGGCCCAUCUUUCCACCUGCCCGGUGCGGGUUUGGGCAGGAGGAGCGGCGUGCAGCUUUAGGGUGGAUGUGCCGGAGGAGCAGGGACGUCUGCACCCGCCUGUGGGGACGCCUUGGCUGCAGGAGACUGAUGGAAUAUGGAUGUGAAAUGGAUAAAAGAAGGAUGCCUUCCCAGGCAUUCAGCAUUUUGCUGCCGGUGAUGGCCGAAGCACCUCCAUGCCUUGGAAUGAAUGGGUUACACGCUGUGCUCUGGGGGAACGCGGCUGCUCCCUCCGGGAGAAACUUGCUCCGGGAGGCUUUGCUUAGUGUCCCAUUCCAGAGUGAGAGAGACGAGGGAAUGUCUCUGGAAAGAGCCGCGUGGUGCACGAGUGAUUUUCACUGAGGAGCAGCUCAGAAGGAAUUAGCCUUUGGUGUGGGGGGAGAAUUGAAAUAGGAACGUUCUUUGUGCUCUGUUCCUAAAGGAGACGUUUUUACCGGCCUUAAUGAUGGUGUCAACUGAUAAAAAUCCCCGCGUUUAGGCUUCUGAGAAAGGUGUUCUGUCACCUGUGGAAGAUCCUGAGGAGAUUCCCGCAAAGAGGCUGAAAUCAGAAUGUGUCUCUGGGGCUAGCAAGGAGCCUGAAGAGGUUUCUGUGGCUGCCGAGUUGCCAUCUGAGGCAACAAGUAGAAGCCAGGAGACUAAAGAGAGAGAAGACUUCUCUGAUUCUGAAGAUGAGGUAGUGUACUUUUCUUCUGACUCUUCAGUUGUAGCAUCUGCAGAGGAUGAGGACACAACAGAACCUGACAAAAUGCCUUGUGACACCAACCCGUGCUUGACUGAGGAAACACCAUUCUCUCUUGCCGAGAGACUUCCCUAUGCGAGCUUGAGCGGGAAUAACCAUCUCCAAGCUGCUCCAGAGAGCCCUGUCACACCCAGGCCCCCCAUUAAGGAGCCAGGUCCCAACUCUCCAGGAGUCAGUGGCACCAGGAGGCCUUUGUGUGCUGCUGAGGAGGAUGUUCAGCAAGCAGAAAAUAAGAAAUACAAAGAGCUCCUGCGUCUGUUCAAGGAAAAAUAUUCUGGAAGACUUCAUUCUCCACGGCCAGCAAGACUUAACAAAGUUCAAACCAAGGAACCAAGGAUGACUGGGAGUCCCCUGAAAGAACAAAAAUCCAGAGGUGCCUCUCCACCUGUGCCAGAGAGAACCAGUGUCAAUCACAGGGAUGUUUUCAGCCCUCAGCUGCCUCAGAGAGGUGUCAUGAUCAGCUAUUACACACCACCAGAAGACUCUCGUGGACAGGGAAAACGAGACAAACAAGCUGCUUCAGUGGGCCAACGCGAAGCCAAAGUCCUCCAAGGAAGGUUAUUCCAGUUCCAUGUGACACCUGUGCUGUCCAAAGACCUCUUUUUUCUGGACAGCGAGCCACUGCCAUGCCCAGGAAAGCCAGUAGAUGACCUGGCUCCACUGACAGAGGCCAUGGAGAGCGAGAUCUCUGCUGCCUUUGACAGUGGUGAGCCUGAUGACAUCCUGAGCAGAGCCUUCAAGCUCAGUGUCACCCGUGAGGACAUCUGCACCCUGCAGCCCCUGGGCUGGCUCAAUGACAGGAUUAUGAAUUUCUACAUGAGUCUUCUGGUGGAAAGAAGCAAGAAGGAAGGAUAUCCAGCAGUCUAUGCUUUUAAUACCUUCUUUUAUUCCAAGCUAAGCUCUACAAGCCACAAGGGAGUAAAGAAAUGGACCAAAGGUGUGGAUAUCUUUGAGCACGAUGUCAUCUUGGUGCCUGUUCACCUCAGAACUCACUGGACACUGCUGGUCGUAGACCUCCGAGAGAAAACCAUCAAAUACUUUGACUCCUUGGGACAGAAAGGAGACCACAUUUGUAAAACUAUCUUAAAAUACCUGGAAGAGGAAAGCAGGGAAAAAAGAAACAUUGAAUUGACUGCUUCUGAGUGGACCCUUCACAGCAUGGGCAGAGAGGAAAUCCCUCAACAAAAUAAUGGAAGUGACUGUGGAGUUUUUGUUUGCAAAUUUGCUGAUUUCAUCUCCAGAGACAAACCCAUCAUCUUCACCCCGGAACACAUGCCUUAUUUCCGCAGGAAGAUGGUGUGGGAAAUAAUCCAUCAGCAGCUGCUGGGAGACAUGCACUGUUAGGAAAACACUGUUCUGUAAAAGAGUAGUAUUUAUUUCUUAUUGUUUAGGUUAAAUGAGAUAAAUAUUAACUUAUGUAAGAGCCUUACUGUAUGGGAAUGUGACUUGUUAAUAGAGUAAUUUAUUUUUUAAUUGAAAAGUGA